ACUUCAAAAUGAUCUAUAACUUGAUCCCCUGUCUCAUUUAAAAAUUUUGGGGUGGUAGCCCUGGGGGUUGAAGGGAAGAAGUCCAGUUUCACAUUAAAAACAUUCCACCUCAUUAAAUUUCACAAAUCUGUCUAUUUACACAGACAACGUGGGUGGCAACUUUUGAAAUGAAAGCCCUUUAUAUUAAUGUUAUCUGAAAUAAAUAAAAUAAAAAAAAUAAAUCUAUCUCUAAAUUAUCUGCUUCUGUUGUUCUAACAAAAUUCCAAGAAAUGAUCUCGCCGCAAAAUAUGUAUUUAUUAUUAGAUGUUUUUAUAGCUUUUGCUGGGUCAUCAAGGUCAAGGCUCGAUUUUGAAUUGUGAAGAUCCGAGUUGUAUUCAAAGAGGAACAACAACUGCAACCUCCUAUCAUCCUAUAGCCUCGGGAAUGUGUGUGGAUUGUGCGCAAAUAGAUUCACACAUACUGAGGAUUAUCAAAAGCAUGACGAAUCCCAUCUUCUGAUAGAGCACUAUCAAAUUUAAUAUGCCCACCUCACCAGAGAAACAAAAUCUUUUCUCAGUAGCAAUGUGUGUACGAAAAAUGAAACCCUAAUUUAUAGCCUAUCAGUGGUUGAUUUUACUUAAAUCUACCUGUGCAGCCAGCUCCGUGACAGCAAAAAAAAUGCACAUGGACUAUGUUUAGAAAAUCGCCUAAAAAGCCAUGAAUACUCCAUGUUGAAUCUUUGCUAUGCUUACCCUGGAUCUUGUAGAAUGUGUGAGACUCGCAGAAAAAUGAGGUCCACUAGUAGAGGCCCCACAAUAGUCACAGUCCAUAAUAACGGAGGAGGUGAAGGUGGAAUCGGAUGCUGUUGCUGCCGCUGUUGCAGCUGCAUACACUUGGGUUUUCUAAAAACCGGUCCUGGAAAAUUGAAAUUAGCUGAAGUGUUUAUCGGUUUUUUCUGUCAAAGUUUGGCCCUUCAGUACGGUUCCGGCUAUUCUGGCACAAUAGGGCCAUCCUUUCAAUCAUUCGUGACGAAUGUGACAUGGUGUUUUCUGACCAGUUUAUUGUUGCUGUUGUGCUACUUAUUUUCGCCAAAAUCUAUAAACCUAAUCAAAUCAUCAUUGUUUGAAGUGUUGUUUAAUAUUCUAGCAGCAUUUACGUACCUGAGUACUUGUUCAUAUUUGGGAUAUGUCGUGAAUAUAGUACUCGAACCAGUUUAUUUGAUAACGCCCCAUUAUCAAGUUUAUCCUGCAAUGAGUGCGGCUUAUCUGGCCGGCUCAAUAUUAGGGUUAUUGUACGCAUACGAUGCCUAUAAAUCGUAUAGAUAUUUCAAAGGGUUCAGGUAUUAGAAUUAAAAUUUUGUAUGUAAACAAUAAUAUUUUUAGUAUUAUCAAUAAGUGUUUGCAGAAAAUUAUAAUUUUGUUUAUAAAAGGACGCAUUUUUCUCUCUGAACAAAUUCAUGUAUUAUUGUGACUAUGUUGUAGGUCGUACUCAGUUUUUGUUUAGCGAGAAAAUGCGUGUAGGCUAGGCAUAGCUAGGCUCAAACGUCUA